AUGGCGACCUCCACUUCUCCUCCUCCCCGACCAGAAAAAAGCAAAUUUCGCAAUAUACCAUCUUCUUCGUCAAGGAAUCUUCCACCACCACUUAAUAUAGAUUAUGAUCCAAAAGAGCCAAAUAAGUCCCUGGUCGAAAGACUAGAGAGUCCAAUCUAUCCACUCUAUACGCCCGUACACCUCUCUUCUUCAAGACAUGAGUCGGUUGUUUCUUUGUCUAUUCCAGAAAAAGAAUCAAAUCAAUUUGAAAUCAAUAUUGAUGAAAUCAGACAUUCGGGCCGUUUUAAGGAAGAGUUUGACCAGAUUCCAACUCCUGAGCUACUGGAGCAGCUACUGAAGUCGAGCUCGAUUAAGCCUUUAAAGAGACCUUGGCUCCCAAAAAAACGUAGCAAGUCCCGAUCGCAUGUCAUUCAAACGUCUAGUAGUACUUCAACUGUAGACACCGCGGGUUCAUUUGGACCCCCUUUUCCAGGAACCCCUAUACUUGAGUCACCCCAAACUCCAACUCCAACAACCAGUUUCCAGAAAAACACCAGCUCUUAUUUUCCAUUAUUUUCUACGGCACCGGCGGCACUUAUUGCCGGACGAAAGACCAGUCUUAGUAAUGAAAUAUCUCUCACAGCAUCAACUUCUAAACCAGAAACAUUGGCUGUCUUGGUAGACACUACCUCUCAAGCUGUAUCAGACAACGUUGAAGGCAACGUUGAAGACAAACUCAAGAGAAGUUUAUCAGUUACAGCAGCCCCAGUAACUUCGAUACCUACAAAACAUACUCCAUUACCUAUUUCUUCGGCACAUAAAAUAAAACAAAUACAGCAAACAGAGUCAAAGGUCCACAAGGAUAUCUUACCAAAGAGUGAUAGCAAUCCAGGUACUCCUGAAACCGCGGUUCCUGUUCCCCCGGUACGCAGACCUACGUAUACCAAUGCGACUGAGAAAAGCAAUGGAAAUACCUCUCGACCAGCUGAAGAAUUUAGUCUGAACCGAGCCGAUGUGGUUAUUACACGUUUGGAAAAUUGGUUAUUUAUUAUCAAAGCUAUCGGAGCAUGGUUAGAAGAGACGGCUAGGAUUAAUGUACAAAGCAGUCGAUCUUUUCAGCAGCAGUCGCUAUCAUUACUUAAAGAAGACUACAUGGGACAAAAGGAACCUACCAACGCCAUUGCAACUCUUUAUACGGGUUUAAAGAUGUUGACGGUCACUGUUAUUCAAGAGCAAAGAGACUUUAGUGAACACGUGUUUCAGGACCAUAUACCAGCCAUUAUGAAACUUAAAAAAGAAUGCAAGGAAAAGAUUCGAGAACUAGGAGAGAACCAAGAUCUAGCGAUGGACGAGCUUUUGAAACGUGCAGAGGUUACAGUAAAGACUAUGUCCCAUCUCGACAGAUGCUGUAGAGGAAUGGAUCGAGAAACUGGAGAUGAUCAACGCCUUCAACAGUUGCAAGAUCCAUGGGUGGCUAAUUUAUACGUGCUACGACAAUUGAAAAAGGAGGUCGAUGAAGAGAAUAGGUUACGAAUACUUAUGGUUGGGGUUCAAAAGGACGUUGCAGCAUUCGAAAGAAGGGUUAUACAAAGUCUGAAAACUUCUAUUCAGUUUUGCUAUGAAAACAUUCCACCUGGUUUAUCCGACGAUUCUUCAGAAGAUCGUACUCCGUUCAAGGCGCUGCUUGAUAUGUCUACGCCAGAAGUCGAGUGGGAACAAUUUAUGGAAGAUCAUAAAAAAGAUUUAGUGAACGAGCAGUUUCCAACAAAAGAUUACCGCAAUAUCAAUUUUAAGAAUAAGCAUAACCCCUAUGUUCUGACCUUGAUGAAAGGAAAAAUUGAGAGAAAGACUGGUGUUCGGAAGCAGUUUGUAGAGAAAUAUUUUGUUCUUAGUCAAUGUGGUUUUCUUCACCAGUUCAGUUUAAGCGACAAAGUAGCACCCGAAAGAUUUAUUUAUAUUCCAAAUUCUGUGAUCGUCCCGUCCAUUGAUAUCAACCAAUUCGUGAAUGAAUCAAAUAUCUCGAACGAGAUGACUAAUGAUGAAUCCAAUCAACAUUACACGUUUGAAAUACGAAGACCGUCCACAACAGUACUACAGCGUGACAAGACGUAUCAAUUCCGUGUAAGCUCUCGACAAGCUCUCCUGGACUGGUGUAAAGCACUGGUUGAAGUGGCAGGACGGUCCUACAUGGCUCAAUACCUAGUAUCCAAUCGAUCCUCGAUUGGCCUGAACAGAGACUCGAGCUCAAUAUCGGCGGAAGAUAAACCUCCGUCUGAAACUGAUAUGACAACUAAGUCCACGGAGGUGUUAAAUCCAUCUUCUUCAGAUAUGGAAGCAAAAGCUGGCAGCAACAAUAAUAACGAUUCGACAUUGUCUUUUGUAUCUGAAGUACAGUCAGGAUCCACCGAGUGUUCAUCAAAACUUGACGAAAGCACUACACAGAAUACUCGCCCAUUGGAAACUAUUGAAAGCGAAACGGGAUCUUUGGGAAAGUUAGACAAAGACAAUUCUCGCAGUAGCGACAUCAAAUUAAUCGACGAUCAUGGCAAUGUCAGUGAUCAGGCAUUGGUAAACGUUUUGGAAGAGGGUGGAACAAAUGAUGUUAUUCAAGAAUAUUAUGCAUCGCACGAUAGCGGAGAUGAAGAUGAUGAUGCCGAUUCGAUCAGCUCGAGAAGCAUUUGUACUGCGAGACAGUCAUUGAGUACUAUAGCAGACUUACCAGAAUUGAUUGAUAUUGCUAGAGAGCCUAGCCAAGUGUCGGAUCCAAGAAGAUAUUCUGGAGAAAGUAAUUUAAUAGAUGAUGCUGCAUCUUCUUUAUAUUUCUCAUCGACUUCAGGACCAAAUUCACCAUCGGGAUCAACAUUUUCGAUCGAUUCUUAUCCGGAGAUUGAUAUUGCCGCAUAUUCUCUACCUGCCCUGGAAGCACAAAAUAGACAAUUAUAG